GGGGCUGGCGGGCGGGCCGCGGCGACUGCAGGCGGCGGACUGGCGGCUCUGCGGACGCGCGGGCGCCUCCACCUCGCUCCCUCCCUCUCUGCCGGCUUCCUUUUGUCUUUCCGCGAGGCGAUGAGCGCAGGGCCAGCGCGGCGGCUGCGGGCGCACGGAGGCCCGCGCUCCUAGGCACCCCUUCCCCGGCCUCGGCGCACCAGUCCCUCGAAGCGGCCCGUGCCCGCCCCCAGUGCCGGCGGCGCGGAACUUGGGCUCGGGGAGCUCGACAGAUCGCGCCCUGCGACGGAGCAGGGCAUGGUCUAGCAGCCUGGGCCAGGACGUGGAAGCGGCCUCUGAGGUUCUGACCCCUGCUUUCUCUCCACUUCCGCUCAGCCUUGGGUGUCCCUGCCGGCCGCCAUGGGCAAGCAAAACAGCAAGCUGCGACCCGAAGUGCUGCAGGACCUGCGGGAGAACACGGAGUUCACGGACCAUGAGCUGCAGGAGUGGUACAAGGGCUUCCUCAAGGACUGCCCCACCGGCCACCUGACCGUGGACGAGUUCAAGAAGAUCUACGCGAACUUCUUCCCCUACGGCGACGCCUCCAAGUUCGCCGAGCACGUCUUCCGCACCUUCGACACCAACGGCGACGGCACCAUUGAUUUCAGGGAGUUCAUCAUCGCGCUGAGCGUGACCUCGCGGGGCAAGCUGGAGCAGAAGCUCAAGUGGGCCUUCAGCAUGUACGACCUCGACGGCAACGGCUACAUCAGCCGCAGUGAGAUGCUGGAGAUCGUGCAGGCGAUAUAUAAAAUGGUGUCCUCCGUGAUGAAGAUGCCGGAGGAUGAGUCCACACCGGAGAAACGCACAGACAAGAUCUUCAGGCAGAUGGACACCAACAAUGACGGCAAACUGUCCCUGGAAGAAUUCAUCAAAGGUGCCAAGAGCGACCCGUCCAUCGUCCGGUUGUUACAGUGUGACCCCAGCAGUGCGAGUCAGUUCUAAGGGGUUGGCGUCUGGACAGUGCAGAGAAACACAGGCUUGUCUUGCCAUUUAAGCUUUGCUUGCAAAAGUGGAUGCCUCCUCAAUCAUUCCUGCUCUCCCGGGGCAGCCAGGCGACACAUCACCACACCUGCCUGCCUGGCGGCUGCGCCCCGCUCCUCACCUGGCCUCCUCCCACCCCCUCUCUGCCCCGGUCCCUCCAGGGCGACUUCCCGGGGAUGUGUUUACAUGCAGGGCUCGCGGUGUCCUCGCUUCUGGGGCACCUCCCUGCCCACAGGGAGCCCCGAGGACACACUGAGGAUACCCGUGGGACUUUCUGAGAUCGCGCCAAGGCCAGCCGAUUGAUCCGUGAUGGCGGGUGACUCUGUGGGAAAGAUGGGGACAAGAACAGAGGGAGAGGAGAUGGGCAAGCCUUCCCCGUGCAUGGCUCCACCCAGCUCGUUCAUUUCCUCCGACCAAAACCGCUUGCACGUAUAUAAUACCGUGGUCUCCUUUCUUUUAAUAUAUAAAUUAUACGUACGGUGAAGUGAAAUGUAACGUGUAAGUUCCGUAUUUAAUGCCUCGAUUGCCUUUGAAGCGUGGUUUCCUCGUGGCCUGUGAUUCCCCCCCACCCCGAGCCUGGUUAUUUUGUGGUAUUUAUGCCCUCAAUCUGCCCUUCUCCAAAGGACAUGCAUGCGUGCCCAGGGCCGUGGAGACCCUCCCGUCCGCGUCGUGAGCGCAGGUGUCUCUGUGAGGUUUGUCCUCCCUGUUGAUUGGUCUGGCAUUUCCUGUAUUAAAAUGAUCAAAUAAA